AUGUUGAAGCCCAGUGAGAGGCGACGGUCCUGGGGCUACCAGUGCUGGGCAGCUGCUGAGGGCAGCGAGGCCUUGUCACAGCCAGCGGAUAGCCAGCCUCGUGGCAGCAUCUGCUCAGUAAGUGCCCGAUCCGGCUCGCAGGCCAGCAUCCCAGCCUGGACGGAGGGCAGCUACAACUACUACAUCGAGGACGAGGAGGACGACGAUGAGGAGGAGGAAAGGGGCGGCAAAGAGGGCUGGCAAGAGCUAGACAAGGAGGAGGCAGAGGAAGAAGCAGAGGAAGAGGACAGGAGGGAAGAGGAGGAGGAGGAAGAUGCCCUAAGAGCUCAGUCCUCGGUACUGCGGGUAAACGUGGGUGGCCAGGCCUACCUGCUGGCCUCUGCCCUGCUGGCCUGUUACCCCCGGACCCGCCUGGGUCGCUUGGCCCUGGCCCCCAGCCGUGGUCGCCGCCUGGGCCUGUGCGAUGACUUCGAGGAGCGCACUGGCGAGUACUUCUUCGACCGCGACCCGGCAGUGUUCCAGCAGGUGCACGGCUUCUACUUGUCCGGGGUGCUGGCGCUGCGCGGGGGGGCGUGCCCACGGGCCUACCUGCAGGAGCUGGGCUACUGGGGGGUGCGGCUGCGCCAUGCCCCACGCUGCUGCCGGCUGGGUUUUGAGGAGCGAAGGGACGAGCUCCGGGAGCAGCUCAAAAUCCAGGGGGAACUGAGGGCCCAGGCCCAGGCCGAGGCAGCUGACGUGCUCUUCCACCACAUGCGCUGCCUCGGGCCGCAGCGCCAGCGCCUCUGGAACCUCAUGGAGAAGCCCUUCUCAUCGGUGGCAGCCAAGGUCAUCGGCGUGGCAUCCAGCUUCUUCGUUCUGGUGUCCGUGGUGGCUCUGGCCCUGAACACGGUGGAGGAGAUGCACCCUCAGCAUCCUCUGCAGCAUCAUCAGCAUCCCCAGCAUCAGCAUCCUCAUGGGCCGCUAGAGCAGGUGGAGGCUCUGUGCAUGGCCUUCUUCACCCUCGAGUUCCUGCUGCGCCUCGUGUCCACGCCCGACCUGCGGCGCUUCGCCAGCAGCGCCCUCAACCUGGUGGACCUGGUGGCCAUUUUACCCCUCUACCUGCAGCUGCUGCUCGAGGGCCUGGGUGGGGCGGGCUGGGCAGCGGGACCCGGAGGCGGAGAGACCUCCCCCGGACGCGAGCAGGAGCUGGAGACGGUGGGCCGCGUGGGCCAGGUGGGCCAGGUGCUACGCCUCAUGCGGCUGUUGCGCAUCUUCCGCAUCCUCAAGCUAGCACGCCACUCCACCGGGCUGCGUGCCUUCGGCUUCACGCUGCGCCAGUGCUACCAGCAGGUGGGCUGCCUGCUGCUCUUCAUUACCAUGGGCAUCUUCGCCUUCUCAGCCGCCGCCUACUCUGUGGAACACGACGUGCCCGGUACCAACUUCACUAGCAUCCCCCACGCCUGGUGGUGGGCCGCGGUGAGCAUCUCCACCGUGGGCUAUGGAGACAUGUACCCAGAGACUCACCUAGGCAGACUCUUCGCCUUUCUCUGCAUUGCGUUUGGGAUCAUCCUCAAUGGGAUGCCCAUCUCCAUCCUCUACAACAAGUUCUCUGAUUACUACAGCAAACUCAAGGCUUACGAGUACACUGCCAUCCGUAAGGAGAGGGGCAAUGUGGAAUUCUUGCAGAGAGCCAGAAAGAAGAUGGCUGAGUGUCUGGCUGGCAGCAACACACAGCCCAGCCCAAAAUAA